AUGAGCGCUGGGAGGGGCCGCGCGGCCCCUCCGGGAGACAGCAGCGGCGGCGCGGAUGGGGACCCUUUGGGGUGCAAGGAAGCUGAGCUGCGCGCCGUCCAGUGCGUCUUCAAGCACGUCCUGGGGCUGGGCGGCAAGCAUAAGGCUGCUGCAACCGCGCCCCAGCCGCGCCUCAACUUUGAAGGGCCAGAGGCGACUGCUUUUGCGGCUGCCCACGGCCGGGCAGUGACGCUGGGCGACGCGCUGAUGCACCGGAGCAACUUCGUGGCGCUCAACCUGCAGCAGCACUUUGCUGGCCCGCUCCGGGCGGCGGCGGCGGCGGCGCAGGGCGGGCCGCUGCCGCAGCACGCCAAGCUGCCCUGUCCCAACUGCCUGAAGUUCACUCUCAUCUCCAAGGGGCCGCAGCUGCCCAACAUCCGCAAGCUGGCGAUGCCUGGAGGCGCCGCCUAUGUUCUGCCUUUCAAGCUGAAGUGCGAGCCUUGCAGCCGCCAAUACAGCACUACGAGUGAGGAGCUGUACGCCGCGCUGCGCAUCGUUGACCUGGGCUUCAUUGCCGACGCGGUGCCCGCCGUCUUCUCCAAGAAGGGUGCCCUGCACAAGGACCUGCUGGCCCAGCUCAUCCUGGACUACGAGUCUGGCCUCUCUAUUGAGGCCGCCAUACAGCGCGUGCGCACGAGGAUGGAGGCCUGGCGCGUGCAGGUGCUGCUGGACUUCUACGGCAUGAGCCGCAUUGGCGGCCAGCAUCGUGUGCUGCCUGCAGAUGUGGAAGCGGCCGCCGAGCACGACUGGCCGCUGCCGUUCCUGAGCGCAACCUACGUGCGCACGAUGCUGGAUGUCCACAUGGAGGAGCGGCGGCAACUGAAGCGGGCCGUGCUGGCGGGCAUCGACGCGGGCCCCCACCGCGCUGUGAGCUGCGACCACACCUUUGCAACCGCCAAGAAGAUCACCAGCAACGGGAGCAAGCCGUACGAGGCCAUCUUCAACAUGCUCAACUCGGUGGGCGAGGUCAUGCUCUCGAUCGGCGUGCAGACCACCAGCAUGCAGGAGGUCAAGCCCGCGUUACAACGCUUGCGGGACAACAUUGAGCGCAGCGGCGGCCAGCAACCGCUGUAUUGGUGGGUGGACUGGCCGCAGGGCAUGAUGCGGGUGAUCCUGGAGGUCUGGCCUGAGGCCAUCGUCAAGCAAGACUACUUCCACGUGCUGAAGCGCUUCUCGGACGCCAUGCCGCACAACCACUCUGCCCGGGGCGCUGCCAUGGCGGAACUACGCGACGCACUCCAGAAGCCGUUCAUCUACGAUAGCAAGGACCGCGAGCUCGUCAAUGCCUGGAAGCAGCAACACAACCUCAGCGUUGCUGCCCCGCUCCCCACCAAGGACCCGGCGUUCCGCCGGUUCUGGUCGGCAAAGGGCAGGCGCUGGCAGCACCCCCUACGCGAGGACGGCCUCCGCCGCUUCCAGGGCUGGGCCAAGGCCUGGUCCGCCGCCAACCCCACCUGCGAGAUCACGGGCAAGCCCCUCAUCACCGACGCCGUGCUUAAGCUCAUCACCAGCAGCGAGGCACUCAUCGCAGUAGGCUUCUUGGAGGACCCGCUCCCCACCCAGGACAUGUACUAUGAGGACGCCAACGGCAAACCGCGCACCAUCCGCAGUUCCAGCCAGCUGGAGUGCUUGAACCGCUACAUGCGGGCUGCUGUGCCCGGUACCAAGAUGGGGCCCAAGAACGCGGACGCCGCCAUCCUCAACUUUCAGUACACCGUCGAGGCGCGCCCCCGCACGCGCCCAGACAAGUUCAAGCCGUACCCCUGCGGCGACCAUCACCUGUUGUACGAUGCGCGCCAAGCUGCGCGUGCGGCGGGCUGCCCCGAGGGCAGCCUGCCGUUCCCCGGCAUCAGCGAGCCCAAGCCCCCCCUCACUGCAGCCGACUUCAUCGGCUGCCUGUUGGUGCCGCGCUCGCUGGCUGCGCUGGCAGGGGAGCUGCCGAGCGAUGCGGCGGCAGCGGCGGCGCGUGGCAGCGGGAGCACUGCCGACGCCAUUGCGCGCACGCAGCGGCGGCUCAAGGCGAGCCUCGAGCAGGCUACUACCAAGUCCAAGCUCAACGACCCGGGCGGCGCACUGCAGGCGAUGUUUCGGGCAGCUGAGCUCGAGGCGCUCCUGGCGCAGCUGCAGCCGGCGACGCCAAGGGCCGAGGAGAGCGCGGAGCUGGAGAGCUGGAUGGAGGCCGACGACUUGGUAGAGGAGGUGGCGGGCACGGCUGCGCGGGCUGUGGCGGCCGACUGGGAACUGUACGCAGUUGAGGAGGAGAGCCCGGCCGCGCGUGCUGCGGAGGGCUCGGGGCGGCCUGCUGAUGCGGAAGCGCCAGCCGAGGAGCAGAGCCGGGCCGCGCGUGCUGCAGAGGGCUUGGGGCCACCUGUCGACGGCGCCGAACAGGCAGGUGCCAGGCCACGCCGCACGCCGCAGCACCGGCGGCGCUGGAGUGAAAUUGCUGGCAGCAGCGACGAGGAUGCAAGCGAGGCGCGCAGCCCCCAGCGUCAGCGGCGCACGGUGCGUACGGCGACGGCAGCAUCGCCGCCUGGCGCCCGGUCCAGCAGCGCCACACGCAGCCACUCCAUCGUCCGCCGCGCCCCGGCUGUGGCGUUGGCCUUCCCCCCACCGCACUGCGAGGAGACGUAUGCAUACCUUUGGGAGCUGCUGGCCGCGCGGAGCGGCAGAGUGCCGCAGGACGGCCAGCGGUGGGAGGACCUGGCGGCAGAGUGGACGGCAGGCUUGGCGCCGCGCCUUGAUGCGGCUGCCCGCAGCUGCACCACGACAGCGCUCAAGCCCACAACCGGCAAGUUCCUCAAGGAGUUCUACGAGGCCCAGCAGCAGCGCUUCGCAGCAGCCGCUGCGCAGGACCCCAACGCGCCAGCCGCCGCCGCCGCGGCUACGCUGGCUGCCGCGGAUGCAGCGGCAGCGGCGGCAACAGCGGCAGCUGCGGAGGCGGCGGCAGCGGCGGCAACGGCGGCAGCUGCGGAGGCGGCGGCAACGGCGGCAGCUGUCGGCGGUACCCCAGGCGGUGCCACCGCCGUUGCUUCUGGCCCCAUCGUGCUCAGCCCCGCGCCGGCCUUGGUGGAGCAGCAGCAGCAGCGGUCAAGCGGCAUUGCUGGGCGCGGCGGUCGCGGGCAGGGGCAUGCUGGGCGUAGCCAAGGCCGUGCUGCCCGCAAAGGCCCAAACCUUUGCCGCGGCUGCCGUUACUACCUCGACUGGCCUGUGCAGUUGACCACCGUGCACAGCCUGCAGUGCAAGUGGUACAAGGCGUUCAACGAGCGCUUAACCGAACAGCAACGGCAGCAGGUGUCGCGCAAGUGGAGCAAGGCCAAGACGGCAGAUGAGGCCUUCCGCGCCAAGGGCAGCGGGAGCAGCGAGGAGCGCGCCGCGGCGGCGGCAGCGCGGCGCGCAGAGCUGGAGCGGCAAGGCAUCGCCUGGCCAGAGGCAUCGCCCGCAGCAGCAGGCCCCGCAGCGGCGGCGGCUGGAGGGGCGGCAGCAGGAGCAGGAGCGGCGAGAGCGGCGGCUGGAGCGGCGGCAGGAGCGGCGGCAGGAGGGGCGGGAGCGGCGGCAGGAGCGGCGGCAGGAGGGGCGGGAGCGGCGGCAACCUCCAACCGAAUCGCUGCUAUGUGGCUUGGAGGGGUGCCAGGGAGCCGUGGAGCGGGCGAAUCUCAAAUGUUUGCCCCUGCUCGAAACCCCGACCCCUCCCUUUGCUUCUCCCUGGGGGUGAUCGCACGUCGCCACAUUCCGUCCAAGCCGGUGGAGGCGUGCCUGUCGAGGCAAUCCAACGCGCACCUGGAGUCUCUGCGAGCCACGUGCAGCGCCUGGCGGCACGCGCUGACGCCGGCGCCCGCCACGCUCCAGCCGCUGGGCAAGCCCGCACAGCUGGGCGCCUUCCCGCAAGCCGUGUCUCUCGACUAUAGUGCCCGGGGUGCGGGGCAGGCGCUUUGUGACGAGGAGCUGGAGGCGGCCUGCCGCCAGCUGGGCGGGCGCCUGCAGGCGCUGGACAUAGGCGGCGCUUUCCAGCUGACGCCGGCAGGGCUGCAGCGCGCGCUGCGCUGCUGCACCGCGCUGCGCAGCCUGGCAGCCGACGGCAGCACGGUGCAGGACGCGGCAUUUGCCGUGCUGGCGCGGCCCUCAAACGCCGACGGCAGCGGCAGCAGCAGCAGCCCGGAGGGCAGGCUGUGUGCGCCCCUGGGGAGCCCGCAGGCGGUUGGGCCGCCCCUGCAGCAGCUGCAGUCUCUGAGCCUGCGCGGUUGCCCCUUCCUGCGUGGCAGCCUGCUGGCAGACCUGGCAGCGGCCUGCCCCAAGCUGGCCUCCCUAGACAUGGCCGACUGCGCCCUGGCCCUCGGCCUGAAUCCCGAGGUGUCGGCCCUGCUGCCGCGCCUCGCCUCGCUGCGGCGGCUGGUGCUGGACGGCGACGGAGUGGACGACGUGGCGAUGCGCCACAUUGCGGCGCUCCCUCACCUCAGGGAGCUCAGCGUGCGGGGCAGUGCCGAGGUGACAGACUGGGGCCUGCGCCACCUGGCGGAGCGCCGCGGCAGCACCGCCCCGCUGGCCCGCACCAGCAGCGCCUCAUCCGUCAGGAGCGAGGCUGAGGAGGCCGGGGGCGGGUGCGGGGCCACGGUGGAUGUGGGGCUGGUGGCGCUGGAUAUCAGCGCCUGCACCGGCCUCACCGACCAGUGCUGGCUGGCCAUCACAGAGAUGCAGGGCCUCACCUCGCUGCACCUGGAGCACAUGGCCCACCUGCUUCAGUUCCCGGCCAUGCCCGAAGCGCUGCCGGCCGCGCUGUGGCGCCUGCCCCGCCUGCGCCGCCUGUCGCUGGCGGGCAGCUGCUGCCACCCCAGCAAGCUCAAGCUGCUGGCGGCCACCUGCGGCAGCAGCAUCACGCACCUGGACAUCGGCGCCGGCGGCUCCGGCGGCGGCUGCGUCGCACCCAGCGGCUGCGUCGGCUGCGGCCCCUGCUGCUGCGCCGGCGCCGGCGCCGGCGGCGGGUGGGAGGGCGCGGCGCAGGCGGCGGGCCCCCCCCACCGCCGCCUCACGUCGCUGCACGAGCGGGACCUGUGUGAGGCGGCCGCCUGCUUCCGCCAGCUGCACACCUUCUCGGCCGCGGGGUCCGCGCUGCCGCUGCGCGCCUGUACCGCCUUCCUGGAGGCGGCCGGCGCGGGGCGGCUGUCGGCGGUGGACCUGGGCGGCUGCUGCCUGGAUGCGGAGCCGGCGGCGGCGGCCACGCAGCACUCCCACCAGGCCCCCUGGCAGCGUCAGCUGUUCUUCUCUUCGGGCGCGAGGCGGGCCCUGCACUUUGACUCCUACCCAGCCAUCACAGGCACCUCGGCCGCCCGCCUGCAGCAGCUGCACGCCGAGGCGGACAGCUGGCAGCGCCCCGCCACCGCCGCACGGUUUGCCGCCGCGCUGCGGCGCCACGCGGCGUCGCUGCGCUGCCUGCGCCUGGGCGGCGCCGCCGGCGUGACGGACCGCCACCUGUCCUCCCUGCGCUGCCUGGGCGCGCUGGAGUGGCUGUGCCUGGCCGGCAGCCGCGUGGCGCUGUCGCCCACGCUCCUCUUGGAGGCAGCGGCCGGCUGCCCGCGCCUGCGCCGCCUGGACAUCAGCCACACGGCGGCAGACGACGGCUGCCUGGCGGCGGCCGCCAGCCUGCCGAGCCUGCGCCAGCUGGCGGCCUGCGGCUGCGCGCACGUGGGCAGCAGGGGGGUGCAGGCGCUGGCGGCCGGCCCGGCAGCCCGUACGCUGCGCUGGCUGGACCUGAGCCUGACUGGCGUGGACGACGGCGCGGUGGCUGAGCUGGCGGCCAGCUGUCGCCAGCUGCGCGGCCUGCAGCUCACCGGCUGCCACAAGCUGACGCCGGCCGGCGUGGUGCAGCUGGCUCAUCUGGACCGCCUCGCCUCGCUGUCUCUGUGCAGGUGCCCACAGGCGGUCACCGACGCCAGCCUGCGGGUGCUGGCGCAGCGCCUGGGCCUGCUGACCCGCCUGGGCCUGUCCGAGGCGCAGCUGCUGACGGCAGAGGGGCUGGCUGCGGCGCUGCCGCUCCUGCCGUGCCUGGCACACCUGGACCUCACCUGCUGCUGGCAGCUGCGGGACGAGCAGCUGCUGAGCCUGCUGGGGGGGCCCAGCCGCAGCACCGGCUCUGACGGCGAUGCCGGCGCCAGCAGCAGCAGCGCCGUAGGCCCCCUCGCCGUCGCCAGCAGCGGCAGCGGCUGGAUCACCCCUGCCAACAUCCAGCUGCCCAAGGGCGGCAGCAGCCCCACCGGCAGCCCCUUCAAGCGCCGCGCCCAAAUCUCUGCCUGA